CUCCUCCUAAUUCACUGGUGCCGCUCUAAAGCACACACCAGCCGCCGUCUGACACAGAUUCGGCUGACGCCAAUGUCUACAAAGGCGACCGCCCAGCAGCACCCUCCAUUUGUGUGCGUCGUUCCCGCCGUCCUACAACUCCCUAGACGUGCAGCCAUUCCCUCGCAGCCGGCAUGUUUCUCCCUCCCGACUCGCCCUUUCUCUGUGACGGAAUCAACCACAGCCACCGCCACCGCCGUUCACGAACACUUGCAACGUCCCUGCAGCCACAAACAAGGAAGGCGCUUGCGUCAUCCUCGCAGGUAUCUGCUAUUCACAAGGCCAAUGUUAUACAGAAGACUAAAGGACAGUCGUGAGGUUGUAGAGGAGUACUCUGAGAUAAAGUAUGAGGAAGUUAUCAUUGAAAAUGGCUGCAUGAUGAAUAUGGCAAAUCCAACUGCUUUAAUGUUGAGUGGUGUUUCAAUAUUGCGCCAUUUGAAUUUUCAUAAUAAAGCGGACCAAAUUCAAAAUGCCAUCUUUAAUACAAUUGUAGAAGAAAAGUACCGAACUGCUGAUCUUGGAGGCAAAGCAAAGACAAUCGAAUUUACCAAUUGAUUUAGAAAGAAAGAAGGUGUGAUGGUUAUUGUGACAAUGGUGAUGACGAAGAGAAAAGAGAGAGGAAAAAGAAGAGAGAUGCGUAGCGAUGAUGAUACAGAAAAGUUAGUGGUGAGGUAAGAAGGGGUUUUUUUGUUUAAGGGUAAAAUUGUCCAAAAAAUAUCGUUUACAGACAAAAGGACAAUUUUAUAACGUUUUGUAACGUUGAUGAUGAUUUUAAUACGAAAAAGGGUCGGGGACAAUUUUGAUUUUGACCCAAGA